UCAUAAACUCAUAGCUACCAACCAAGCUCAAGAGCUCUCUAUCAAUGGCGACUGUGACGGAGCCGAGCAAUGAUGCCCUGAUCGAUGGGAAUGCGGUGGCUGCACGCGCUCUUCAUUGGGCUGGAGUGGAGAAGAUGUUUGGAGUGGUGGGGAUUCCGGUGACGUCGCUGGCGACGCGAGCGGUGGCGCUGGGAAUCCGCUUCCUGGCCUUCCACAACGAGCAGUCGGCGGGAUACGCUGCUUCAGCGUAUGGAUACCUCGCCUCCAAGCCUGGAGUCCUUCUCACUGUCUCCGGCCCCGGUUGCGUCCAUGGCCUUGCUGGCCUCUCUAACGCGAUGGCCAACGCUUGGCCGCUGCUCAUGAUCUCAGGCUCUUGUGAUCAGAAGGAUUUCGGGAAGGGUGACUUCCAGGAGCUGGAUCAGAUUGCGGCUGUGAAGCCAUUCGUGAAGUUCUCGGCGAAAGCCACUGAUAUCUCUCAAAUCCCCUGUCUUGUCUUCGAAGCCCUUCACCACUCGAUCUCUGGAAGGCCCGGCGGGUGCUAUCUCGAUAUCCCAUCCGAUGUUCUCCACCAAACAAUCUCCGAAUCGGAUCUUUCCAAGCUCUUAUCCGAAGCUGAGAACUCCAUAUCCCAGCAAAGCCCUGGCGAAAAACCCCUCGACAUUGAGAAAGCUGUCUCCUUACUUCGCAGCGCCGAGCGCCCUCUCAUAGUUUUUGGUAAAGGUGCUGCCUUUGCCCGCGCCGAGGACUCGCUGAAGAAGCUUGUUGACACUACUGGAAUCCCCUUCUUGCCGACCCCCAUGGGGAAAGGUUUGCUGCCUGAUACUCAUGAGCUCGCUGCCACGGCCGCUCGAUCACUGGCGAUUGGCAAGUGCGAUGUUGCGCUUAUCAUUGGUGCAAGGCUCAACUGGUUGCUGCACUUCGGUGAGCCGCCAAGGUGGUCCAAAGAUGUGAAAUUUAUUCUUGUAGAUGUCUCUGAGGAGGAGAUUGAGCUCCGGAAACCAUACUUAGGUCUGGUUGGCGAUGCAAAGAAGGUUGUGGAUUUGAUUAAUAAGGAGAUCAAGGAUGAUCCAUUUUGUUUGGGGAAGUCUCAUCCUUGGGUUGAGGCAAUAUCCAAGAAGGCCAAGGAGAAUGUUGUAAAGAUGGAGGCGCAAUUGGCAAAGGAUGUGGUCCCAUUCAACUUCUUGACGCCGAUGAGGAUAAUAAGAGAUGCUAUUAUUGCACAGGGGAGCCCAGCUCCGGUUAUAGUAUCAGAGGGAGCGAAUACCAUGGAUGUUGGAAGGGCUGUGUUGAUUCAGAGUGAGCCUAGGACGAGGUUGGAUGCUGGGACAUGGGGGACAAUGGGGGUUGGGCUGGGGUAUUGUAUUGCAGCUGCUGUGGCGAUGCCUGAGAGGCUGGUUGUUGCUGUUGAGGGAGAUUCAGGUUUUGGCUUCAGUGGCCUUGAAGUUGAGACAUUGGUAAGAUAUCAGCUGCCUGUUGUCGUGAUUGUGUUCAACAACGGUGGAGUAUAUGGUGGUGAUCGUAGAAACCCUGAAGAAAUUACAGGACCACACAAAGAUGACCCUGCCCCUACUUCAUUUGUCCCAGAUGCAGCUUACCAUACUCUAAUUGAAGCUUUUGGUGGAAAAGGGUAUAUUGUUGCAACUCCCGAUGAACUCAAAUCUGCACUCACUGAAUCAUUUGCUGCCCGAAAACCAGCAGUUAUAAAUGUUAUCAUCGACCCAUAUGCCGGUGCUGAAAGUGGUAGACUGCAGCACAAAAACUAAGAUGCUAUCCAAUCUAAUAAGUUUCAGUGGCCACAUAAAAUUUUCCUCGAGUAUUAUGCACAUAUGUUGCCUAAUAAAUAUGUAGCUAGUGAGAAUAACAUCACCAUGUACUGUGAUCUUUUUCAUUCAGGGUUACUAGAAUUGAUUUUCCCCAAAGCUUGAUGUUGUUUGCCUUUGCAAGUGAAUGUAUCUAUUGACAGAAAAGUUUGAUAUGGAAUG